CACUCUUCAUUACAUGUAACUAAAGGUAGAAGUCCAGAUUGCAACUGUUCCGCGGAGCGAAAGGAUUUUAUUUUCGUUGUGAGCUCCAUUUCUAUUAAGUAUUGUCUGAAGACAAAACAAAUCUGACAAGAAGUGCGCUCUAUUUUUACAUUUCGCACGUGAUCUUUUUCUUCUUUUUUUGGAUUCAAUACAUUUUUCCUCUAUAUUGGAUAUCUAGCGCUGUCUGCUAUACUUUCAUAGCAGACGAAUAAACACUUCCCAGAAUGUCUCAUUUGUUAUUAACGUGUUUUUUGGCGUUGAUAUCAAUGCAGCUGGUGAGUACACAUACUAUAUUCAUAGAGUUAUGCUACGUGUUGGUAACCUGUGCAAUUGCGCCUUUUACACACUGAUAUGUACUUAUUCUUCCUGUAGGCCGAGUCGUCCGGUGUGUUUGAGUUGAAAGUACACUCCUUCAGUAGUACCCGUAGUGUCUGCAAACGGUCUAGGGACUGCCAGAUAUUCUUUCGAGUCUGCCUUAAACAUUCCCAAGAUGUCAUCUCACCUGAGCCCCCCUGCACCUAUGGCAUGGGACUGACCGAAAUCUUCAGUGCGGACCAGAGCUCCAUCUCCAGUAGUGCACCCAUCAGAGUGCAUUUCCAAUUAAAGUGGCCGGUGAGUAGCCUACUGUACACAUAUUCAAUAUACUAUAGAGCUGAUGGUAAAUUAAAGGUCCAAUGCAGCCGUUUUUAGCUCAAUAUCAAAUCCUUUCUGGGUAACAAUUAAGUACCUUACUGUGAUUGUUUUCAAAUAAAUGGUCAAAAAUAAACAAAAAUAGCUUCUUAGUAAAGAGCAAUUUCGCAAGUGAGAAUUUUGCUAAGACUGACUGGGAGUGGGGAACUCUCUUAUUUGUCUAUUAACUAAUUUACCACCUGGUGUUGUGACCAGGCAGGCCAAAACUCCAUCCCACCAAAACAGGCUGUAAUUUCAGGCAGUCUUUAAAAACACCUCUUAUACUAAAAGCGCGUUAUCAUCAUUUCCACAAUUUCACUGUAUUAUUCCAACAUGGUAUGGAAAUAAAUUUAAAACACAGGAAAAGCACGUUUUUUUUACUGCACUGGGCCUUUAAUGGUUAAUGCCUGGUGCUACAUUUCAUAGGUUGGGUAAUGUCAUUAAGCUUUUCAUGAAGAGUUUUCACUUGAAAUAAUCCCGCCUCUUACAGCUUUUUGACAAAGUAUAUAAUUUUCCUGUGUGGAUUGUAGGGUACAUUCUCGCUCAUUGUUGAAGCCUGGAACGCAGAGUCCUCCGACGGCCAGUCCACAGGUAGGUAGCCUUCAGUGCACACUCCCUCUAGGGGGCGUAAAGUGGCUUUGAUAUUCCUCUAACAGUCAUCCCAGCACAAGCGUUUGAGUAUAAAACACGUUUUACCUAUUUGCAAAAAUAUAUUUUUUAAAGCUAUUACCUCACAAGAUUGAAUUUUAGGAAUAUAUUUUAUUUUUCAUCUGCUUAAUGUCUCUCUCUUUAAUAGAAAACCAGAAUAACUUGAUCAGCCGCUUGGCCACCCGUAGAAGACUAGACAUUGACGAGGAUUGGUCACAGGAUGUGCAUUUUGAAGAGCAAAGUGAACUUCGUUAUUCUUACCACGUUGUCUGCGAUGAAAACUACCACGGCGACAGCUGCUCAGACUACUGCCGUCCCCGUGAUGAUCAAUUCGGACACUUUACUUGUGAUGCCGCGGCCACCAAAAUGUGCCUGUCGGGUUGGAAAGGAGAAUACUGCUCAGAACGUAAGUGUAGAGAAGGACUACAACUUUUUUUUAAUGAUGAGGCCAAUUCUUUUUUUCUAUUUUUAAAGGCUGUUAUUCAGAGUAAAAUAUAUAUAUAUAUAUAGCCACAAAAUGACUGUUUUGCGACACUGAUUUGUGAUGGAUGUGCACAGCGCUUGUAAUUUCAAUUAUUGAAAUAGUUAAUUCAGACAUUUCAACUACAUCUUCUGGUUAAAACAUGUUGCUUCUGUCUAUUCAAAUAUAGAGUUUGCAUCUUUUGUUCGGGCCAACAAUGGGAGCUGAGUGUAUGGUUUAACAGGGACACGCGUUGGAACUUAAUGUGCGCUCCCUUGCGUGAAAGAAUAUGGCAUGUGUUCCUUUUGUGUGCGUACCAGCUGCUUAGUUUAGUACUUAACAAAUACUUGAUGUGUCUGAGCUCAGUGAGGGGGGGUUGUUUUGUGAUGCGAAAGGGGCACACUCAUUCUAAUUUCCCCCUAUCUCUAAAGCCAUAUGCUGGUCUGGCUGUAGUGCGAAGCACGGUUAUUGUGAGGCCCCUGGCGAGUGCAAGUGCCGCCUCGGGUGGCAGGGGCCCCUCUGUGACGAGUGCGUCCGCUACCCUGGCUGCUUGCAUGGCACCUGCGGCCAGCCGUGGCAGUGCAACUGUAAAGAGGGCUGGGGAGGACUGUUCUGCAACCAGGACCUCAACUACUGCACCAACCACAAGCCCUGCAUGAACAAUGCGCCCUGCACCAACACAGGCCAGGGCAGCUACACCUGUACCUGCAGGCCGGGCUUCAGUGGCAACAAUUGUGAAAUCGAAACCAACGAGUGUGACAGCAACCCCUGCAAGAACGGAGGCAGCUGCAAUGUAAGUUCUGCCAUAACUGCUGUGUUGUAAUUAUCUCUCAGGAUUAAAAGCUAUUGCUCACAAUCCAAGUCUUUAAUUGUUCACUAUGAAACGCUAACCUAUCUAUUUCAUAUUUCCAGGAUCUGGAGAAUGACUACACCUGCACCUGCCCCCAAGGCUUCUACGGGAAGAACUGUGAGAUCAGUGCAAUGACCUGUGCCGACGGGCCCUGCUUCAACGGUGGAACCUGUAUGGAGCAGGUGACCGGUGGUUACUCCUGCCGCUGUCCUGCCGGCUACAUGGGCUCCAACUGCGAGAAGAAGCUUGACCGCUGCAGCAACGACCCCUGUGCUAAUGGUAUGCAUCCCCCCAACAGCACAACCACUGUCUGUGUGAGGGAAACCUACCAGGACUUCGGAUUGUUAAGAUGGAGCCGCUCACAAACUCUUAUCUGUCUGUCUGACAACAAAACUCAACCGACUGUGCUGCAGACACAUUCUUUGGCAGUUACCAUCGUGGGUUUUUGUAAAUUGUUAUUCUUUGUCCGUAAACUCAGUUUUGUUUUGACAUGCAUCCAGUCUGCGCCUAAAAUGUAAAGAUUGCAGCACAGGCACGGUACAAAAGACUCUUGGCUCAGACUGAUAUAAGGGGUGAGAUAUAGCUGUCAUUAUGAGGCGGAAAAAACUAGUCUUAGAAUGUUGUUGGCUAUUUUGUCCCCCAUGGGUCCUCAUUAGCUACACUGUAACUGUACUUAAUGUGGGAAUGAGCACAAGCUUAUCUGUAAUUGGCUACAUUUCCUGUUGGUGUGGGAAGCAAAUAUAAAUUUGCCUUCCAUAAGAAGCUUUGACACUCAUACCUGUACUUCAAGUUUUGAUAAACAUGUUGAGUGUGCAGUGAUUUGAACCCCUCCUCGUCUGUCUAUCUCUCUGAUAGGUGGCCAGUGCCUGGAUCUGGGCCACAGCCUGAUGUGCCGUUGUCGCCCUGGCUUCACUGGGCCGCGCUGCGAGAUCAACAUCGAUGACUGCGCCCGCAACCCCUGCCACAACGCCGGUACCUGCGUGGAUGGCAUCAGCGACUUUACCUGCACCUGCACCCUGGGCUUCACCAGCAAGGACUGCAGCGUCCGCGCCGAUGCCUGCUCCAUCUUCCCCUGCCAGAAUGGAGGCACCUGCUACACCCACUUCACCGGACCCGUGUGCCAGUGCCCGGCCAGCUUCAUGGGUUCCCGAUGCGAGUUCAGCCUCAAACCCACCGCCAACCCCAAGGCAGACGGCUUGCCCGCAGCCCUGGUUGUCGCCUUCGCCCUGGGCCUGGUCACCCUCACCCUGGUGGUUUGUGCUGCCAUCGUGGUCCUAAGCCAGAUGAGGCGCGGGCGGAAGGCCAUGGCAUCUUCUGUUCGGAACGACCUGGAGACGGUCAACAAUCGGCCCAUAGGUGGUUCCAACCCCCCGUCCAGCCUCCGAGAGAAGGAAGCCUUCCUCAUCCCCGGCGGACAUUAUAAGGUGUCCAAUAAGGACGCAGCGCUGAUCUCGGCCCCCGCAGACAAACCUAGAGACAAGGCGGCCUACAAGCAGAAGAUGGUUGACUACAACUUGGCCAAGGAGGAAGACCGUCAUGCCAAGAACAAAUUUGACCAGUAAGUAUGCCUCGCCAAACUCAAACGGUAUUGUGCCAAUGAAGCAGAGAGUGUGUGAUCACCAAUGCCCUAGAGUUGAAUGGAGUACUUGUAUUUCCCAGUGGAACCUAGCACCCGGGCUUUCUUCUAGCAGAAAUGUUACAACUUGAUCUCUUACUAUGUGAUGCUCAGGCUUUAUCAGAUUUUUUAAACCCUCAACUUUGUAUUGGAGAUCAUGGGAUCCACUGUUUUUGUUGAUGUUGUAUGAUUCCAUUGCUCCUGUGGAACCAAUCCUGACCUCCUUACCCUCCCUCGAUCUCUUUUACAGGAAAAAAGAAGGCAGCAUAAUGGUUCCACCAAUGAGCUUCCCUAAAGAAGGCUUGUACCACCCAGUCUUCAUCAUCCAGACCGAACAGCAAACGGAACAGUGUGUCUUUGCUACUGAGGUAAGCAGCUCCACCCAUUCAAACGGGUUAUUAUUAAGAGGUUAUAAAGGAAGUUAUUGUUAAAUCACUUUUUCAAGAUUUGUUUGGUAACUUUCUCUCUCUAUCAUUUUCCCACGUUAGGUUUAACAACAGUAUUCCGACACCAGGAGUACUGUGACCAACAAAGGCUUUGCCUGAUCAUGUUUACAAUCUUUCAAAGACAAUUCAAAGAAUUGAAGAGGAUAUAUUAAAUCAACAGGUAUUAUUUAAUAUUUAUUCAUGCUGCUCAUUAAAAAUGAAUUUGUUCACAACAUUGACAAUGUUUGGAAACAAUACGUGAAAAGUGGGGGCUGGAGAGUAGAAAGAAUGUUCCAGCAUCAUUUGCACUACAUUUUUAAAUUGGAUAUAAUUUGCUUUGUGUUAAAAAUGAACAAAAAUAAAACUUUAUUCGGAAGAGGGCCAAGGAUUCACCAAUCACAGAGAAGCAGGACUUUUUUCUCUCCUGAUGCCUUAUCAAAAAGAAAAGGACAUCUCAAAUAAUCUAGAGGGGCCUUUUUACAAUCGACGAAUAAGAUGUCACUACAAUCCACUUGAGAAUCAAAAGUAACAGCAAGGACACAUCCGUGGCCUAUUUGUUUUUUUUUUUGGUGUCAAAGCGGGAAACAAUGUUGAUGCUAUCAAGGAACUGAAAAUGAAGGUUUACUGAAAGCUUAGAUGGACAGUUGUCUAUAAAUAUCUGUGAGUUUGGAGUGGCCGGAUGUCAUAUCUAGGCCUUCUGGUCCCUAAACUGGACUCCCUUUCCCUAUGGAAAUAAAUCACCAAUGUGCCCUAUCUUUCGGAGCAUUACAUGUACAGUAUAGUUAGGAAACUCAAUCUUAUCAAGUGCCUGAUCUUUAAAUUAUGCUAUGACUUAAGGAAAAAUGGUACUGAUCUUACACACUGACUUUUUUAUGUGUUCUUUUAUGUGUUUGUUUGAUACUGUACACGUUUUUUCACUGUCUCUUUCGGAGUAUAUCUUUUUUUUUACAAACACACCAGAAAGUCUUGAACCAGUUGAAAGUCGUAGUAUAUGUAAUUUGUACAGUUUGACUUUCUCAAUGCCUUUCAAUGUACAGCUUCCAUCUUGUCAAACACCCAGUGCUUUCUACGACAUUCCCUUGACUUUAAUGAAGUGUAUUGUGCAUAAAGACGGCUUCCCCGAUGACAAAAUAUCCAAGUUUUUUUUAAACCGACAGUGCUGGAUCUUUAAAAACAUAUGAAUUUUUUACAGAGUGAAAGACUCCAAAGAGAGGGUGUCCUUUUUGUUCUUUUUAAUUUGAAACCAAAUAGAUAUAUUUUUUUUACAUAUUUGUAUUUUCCUCUUUAAUUUAACAAUGCAAUGUGUACAUAACCAUGAGAUAUUCUUUAUUUAAUGAUUUGUAUUUAUGAAGAGAAUUGUAUAUAUGUCUAUGUUAUGUGUCUAUUGUCACAAAAUAUAUAUUUUUUCAUAAUAAAUCA